AUGGGCAAGGAUAAAGAUAUGGUUGAAUUCAUUGGGGACUCGUUGCGGUUCAUCUUGCAUCAUUAUGCUUUCCGAUUCAAUAACAGUUGGUACCAGCAGGUACAACAUAUAAAACCUUGUUUUCUCCGUCCCUUCACCACUCUAAUACUCACACAUUAUCUUGAAGCGAUGUCCGGUCCGGAGUAUUUCCAAAGAGACGGCGUCCUGGUUGCCAUGACUCUGGGUGACGCGGAAUGCACCUUAGUGGCGCCGGCGCUGCCCAUUGGUAGGAACGAGUUCCGAUCGAGGGGCGUGGCUGAGCUCUCGUGGGUCGGCCCGUGUGACGCAGGGAAGAGGCGUAGCAGGAACAUCAGGAGCUCUGAGGAUUGGACGGCCCUGGAACGACCAGGAGAAGGCACCUUACUGUUCAUUGGACUGCCUAAUAUGACUACAUUAGCAGAAAACUCACCAGCAGGAACAGUGGUCUACACAUUCUCGGUGAACAUAACGUCCUCCUUCUUACUAACUCCCAGAAUAAUAAACAGCAAUCCACUUAGUAGUGCCUUCCGAAUUGAUACAAGCCCUCCAAACUAUUUGGUGGUAACCACAGGCAAUCCUAUACUUGAUUAUGAAACAAUACCAAGUAGCUUUGAUAUACAGAUUUACAUGGAGGAUGCAGCAAUGGCCACCAAAUUGGAAACCUUAACUGUGCAGCUCACUAACGUUAAUGAACCACCAGUGUUUCUUGACAACCUAGCAAAUCAAGUUGUGACAAUUUACAUUGAAGAAGGAGCACCACAAGGGGACAUUUAUACUAUUCUAGCAUCUGAUCCUGAGGACCCCACAAGUGAUUUAAAGUUCGCUCUGACACCAACUUUAGCUCCAUUUAAAGUCUCUACAACUGGUGUAAUACAGUCUACAAAAAUAUUUGAUUAUGAGACUGAUCCACACAGUUAUUCACUUACUGUGGAAGUAAUGGAUUCAGGAGGAUUAACAGUAAAUGGAAGUUUGGUUGUCAUGAUAACAAACAUCAACGAUGAAACUCCAUACUUCACCAUGUCAACAACAACAUUUACUAUUCCUGAGGAACAGAACCCAGGGACUAUAGUCACCACAAUAACUGCGGUUGAUCCAGAUGAUGUUGGUUUUAUAAGCACAUUGUACUACAGCAUCGAUACACCAAACCAGUACUUCUCCAUCAAUAAAUUAACUGGAGUCAUUCAGAUUGCAAUGAGAAUUGACAUUGAUGUGGAUACCCUCCAUCUUAACAGUUCUAUGUUUCUAAAAAUCAAAGUGAGUGACCUUCCAAGUGCUGGGCACUCAAACUACACAACUAUUACCAUCAAUGUACAAGAUAUAAAUGAUAACCCUCCAGUGUGCACAACGUAUGCAUUCAGCACAACUGUACCCGAAACGGAAGCAAAUGGCAGUCUCAUAAUGGAUUUAACUGAUCAGUGCAAGGACAUAGAUGUUGAUCCCAUAAACAAAGCCUUCAACUUUACAGGACUUUCUGGGCUUGGGAGCAAUGAACGAUUCCAACUUAUUCCGGCAGGAUCUGGAAAUAUAGUGUUGACAGGUAAUUUGGACUUUGAAGACCCCAAUAACAUAGGUGUAGGCAAUGAAUAUAGUUUAACAAUUGAAGUGAAGGAUAUAGCCUUUCCGAACUAUAAGAAAAAUAUUUAUGUGUACAUUAAAACAACUCCAGUCAAUGAAUAUCCUCCAGUAUUCAACAGAUCUUCAUAUGUGUUCAAUGUGUCUGAGCUCUCUCCACCUGGAUCACCAAUUGGUUACAUACAUGCUACAGACAAAGACUACCCUUAUAUAGGAAUCACUUACUCACUUGAAAGUGGUGGCAGCACUUUGGGUGCUACUGGCAUUUUUUGGAUAAAUCCAACUAGUGGGGUGUUGGUGCUCUCAGAUUAUGCAGAUUAUGAAACAACACAACAGUACACACUUACAGUGAGAGCUACGGAUUCCGGAUCAUUGUCUUCUACAGCGCCAGUGACUGUGAAUAUACUGGAAGCCAAUGAUGAAAUACCGAUAUGUUUACCAAAUUCAUACACACUGUACGUACCCACAAAUCAAGCAUCGGGUACAAAUAUUCAGAAUUUUAAACUCACUUGUACAGAUCGGGAUUCCCCACCAACCUCUUUUCAAUACAUUAUUAAUUCAGGCAAUAUAAACAACCAUUUUGCUUUUUCGCCUUCCUCUGGCACCAACGUUACCAGUCUGAUUCUUGCUCUCCCAUUCGAUUACUCUGAUGGUGGGGACACUACUUGGAAUUAUAACCUGAGGGUUUUAAUAACUGAUGAUAACUUAAUGGCUGACUCUCCACAGCCGAAAGGGAUUGUACAAACUGGAACUGUUUCUUUAUUUAUUAAUGUCUAUGUUCCUGGACUGACCACCACCCCAAAAACUACCACUACACCCAGUGUUGUGUAUGUGGUUACAUCUAAAAAUGUGUAUUCCCCACUGGCAUGGUAUAUACCAUUUGUGAGCACAAUUGGCGCUCUACUUUUACUUGGGUUCCUUGGAUUUCUUAUUUAUUUGCUUGCAAAAUACUGCCCGUGCAAAGGACGUACCAAACCAGACACUGAACCAUUAAUAAAACCAACAGAGAAAAAGAUUAAGCAGGACGUUUUCUGGGAAAUGACCAAGCUUAAUACUGUCUUUGAUGGUGAAGCAGUAGAUCCAAUUACAGGAAAUGUCUAUGAAUACAAUUCAAAGUCUGGAGCUAGACGAUGGAAGGACACAAAGCAGCCUGUAAGUCCAGUGCCAGUCUCCCAUCAGUUGCCAGUGAAUCCUGUAGAACAAACACAGGUACCAGUACUGUCAAGUGGUACCCCAAAUAAAAAGGUCAAAACACCUAUAAGUACAGUUAAAGCAGAAGAAGCUACAGUGCCAGGAACACCAAGCAAACUGCAAACUCCUAAACCAACAACAACCAAUAUGGAGUCUGAAGUCAAAAGUCCUCUUAGCAGGUCUCCUCUGUCACCAAUACAUUCACCUAAAGUAUCUCCUAAGAUUCCAAAAACUCCCGCUUAACAAAAUGAACCUUGUUAGCUUGCAACAGUAUACCUCUCUGGAUCUCUUAUCACUUCAGCUGUUGACCGAGCAUUGAGUGAAAUACAUAAAAUGUUAUUACCGGUAAUAGCUGAAGUGUUUUACUUUGUAUAGAAUUUUACAGAACUAUUGGAAACGUAAGAAACAUUCAGCUCUAUCCAGCACUUUAUGGUAUUAUUGUACUUUUUACAUUUUUUAAAAUUUUUAAAAUUUUUAAA